AUGAGGGAAGAGGAGGGCUUCGGAGUAAAUCCCCGCUGGCUUCCAGGCAGGCUCGAACCGAACACCUCCAGGCGAGCCAUCUCUGGGAAAGGAGCCGCCGGGGCGGGCGGACGCGCCUCCCUCGGCGCACGAGGGGAGGCCCGGGCCCGCUGGGAGCCGCCCCUCUACCGCGCCGUCCAAUGGCAAGAGCCGCGCUCGCCUUCCUCGCUUCCUUUCUCCCGCGGGAGGCGGCCGGGCGCUGGGCAGACGGGGAGCCGCUUCUCCGGCGCCGCCACCGUCGUCGAGGGGGCGUCCCGAGGAGGAGGCGGCAGGCAGGCGAGCGGGAGAGGGCCGCCGCGGGCGUUUCAAAGCGGCGGGAAAAGGGCGAAGAGCGGCGGCUGGGCAGGCAGGCAGGCAGGCAGCCGCGAGUCCCGCGGGGCCAUGGGUCGCUGCAGGCGGCGGCUGCUGCUGCCGGGAGCUCCGGCGCUCGCCCUCUUCCUGCUGCUGCUGCCCGCUUGGCUGCUCGGGAGCUGCGCGGAGAAGCUCGGUGAGUCGGGGCCGCCGGGGCCAUUUUUGAACGUUUCCUUUGAACUGGGAAAGUUUAGAGCGCGGAAGGAUUGUGUGAGAGAGUGACUGAGAGCGUGUGUGUGUGUGUGUGUGUGUGUGUGUGAGAGAGAGAGAGAGAGAGAGAGAGAGAGAGAGAGAGAUUCUCUGUAUGUGUAGAGAAUGACUGAAUGCGACAGCACUGGAAAAGCUCGUGGUUUAACUCUCUGAAAAAGAUACCAGAUGUUCUUUGCCUUCGAGGGAUCAGAUUCCUGGAGAUUUAAAACAGCAUUUGAGAUUUCUUCCUUCAUCGUCUUUUAAUAAUAAUAAUAAUAAUAUAUAAUAUAAUUGUGCAUAUUGUGGCAGAGCGGAUGUUUUUCUCACCUUUGCAAUAAGUAGUUUGUGGCUGGUCAGCUUGUGUUCAUUAAAUGGUUGAAAAUGCAGGACUUAAAGGCUAGAAGGUAUUUGGGAUGAACUGGCACAUAACAGGACCAAGGUAUGAUUUGCGGUGCUACUCUUGUCAGCAGAUGUUGUUGAAGUCCAGACUCCAUCACCUGCGACUAUUGGCCAAACUGGCUGGGGGCUCAUGGAGUUGCAGUCCCAAGAACAUCUGGCACACCAGCUAACCUUGUGCUAGAUAUAUAUUCUACUUUACCCCAGUUUCCACAUGGAAGAGCCCUAGCUCAGCAGCAGAGCACAUUCCUUGCAUGCAAAAGGUCCCAGUUUCAGUCCUAGAAAUCUCUAGGUAGAGCUGGGGGGGGGGGGGCUGCCUUGAAACCUAGGAGAGCUGCUGCCAGUCAGUGUUGACAUUACUGAUCUGGAUGGAUCAAUGGUCUGACUUGGUAUAAGGUAUUUGGCUUCCCAGUGUUGUUCGUCACAACAAAGCUUUGAAGGAGAUGGAGUUUAUUUGCAGAUGGAGUACUGGGGUUGAUGGACAGCAACUUGUCCUGCAGUGCUCAAAUCAAAUGUCAAGACUGUCCCGUUUGCUUCCAUGAAGAGAUUCCUCCUUUGUACACAUACGGCUGCCUUCUUUUUUGAAGGGAAUGAAGAAUCCUGAUGCAUGGUGUGUGUGCAGAGAUGUAGAUUGCAGGAGGCAGUAAAAGGCUGACUUGGGAAAUUAAUAAGGCCAGAGAAUGCACACUUAAUAGGACUGAAAUGCAACGUUACUCAUAUUUAAUAUAAGAUAAUUUUCCACAUUUUGACAGUUGGUUAAUUCACUUGUUGCUAAAUAGCUUGGCAUCUUGCUGGGAAGCUGAGCAUCAAAAGCUUUCUGAAAAUCCUAUCUUGACCAUUAAAUAGUGUGAUGAGAAGUGUGAAAUUGAAUGUUUGCUUUUUAAAUAUAAGACGGUCCUUUGAUUUUUGUGCUUUCCAUUUCAUCACUGCAUUUCUGCCUGUAAAACUUGUUUAGUUUGGCAAUGCAUUCCACAGGGACGAAACUAUGCUUUAUUUCACCCCGGUUGAAGACUUAGUUUGGCACCCCCACACAUAUAUUUGUGUACACACACACACACACUCAAUGGCACCCCUCUGGAGGCUUCAUCCAGGGCAAAAAGCCUGGAUAGCUCUGCAUUCCCUAAGGAAUCUGAAGUAGACAACCUGUAAAUCAUGCAAUGGAAGAUCACAUAUACUUUGUUCUCUGUUCUUAGAUGCUUUGUUUGUGGUUUCAAAAUUAACGGUAGUUUUCCUUCGCUGGAAUCCUGUGCACGUUUACUUGGAAUUAAGUCUUGCAGUGUGCUCAUAGAGGUUCACUUCCAGGGUUCACCCCUGGUUUGUUAUCCUUUUAUGUUUGGUAUUCCAUGCAAUUUUACUUCAUUAGCUAUGUGUGCACUUCUUAGGUGAACUUUGCUUUCUGUAACUCUUUGUUCAUGUAGGAAUUUCCACUGCCGAAACCUAGGGCUGUCAAUAAUAACUUGAGAAAAGACGAUGGAUGAAUGUAGGCUGCCAGGCGCAAGAGUCUUAUCUAAGGGACGCUGUGGAGGUACAUUGAUUUUGCUGGCUGAAACAGCUGAGGUAGAAAGGAAUCUCCAUUACGUGCUGUGGAACUGUGACAUCUGGCAGUUCUAGAGGGAGGACGGUGUAAAUAUUCUAAUAAAAAGAGAUGUUUUAACUGCACACAAUAGCUUUCCUUAAGGGUAUAGAAUUGCCAAAUAAUUUUUGCUAUGCCAGUUAAAAAUAGAGGUUUUUUUCCCCUCUCCUUUUAGUCUUUGCCCUCUUCCCCUACCCCCCCCACCUUUGCUUUGUCUGUGCCAGUAGAACAAUGAAUUAUGCUGUCUUAGCUGAUUUUAGUGCUUUAUAUAGUUUGACCCGGUUAAUCCAUGCCUAGUUUAGCCAUGUGUCUAAGUAGCAGCAAGAUUAUAACAGUAACCCAUAUUUUAAAGUCGAUGCAUGUGGACUGUUGUUUUUUUUAAAAAAAAGCUUUUGAUUUUUAAUUUAGAAUAGAAACACAAAUUAUGAAGAUCAGUUUUACUACAAAGCAUGGUUGAUGCAAUGUAGUGCAAUGGCUAAGAACCAGUGCCGGGAAGUCCCCCGUUUAAACCUCAGCUCUGCCAUGAACAUACUAGUUGGUCUUAGGCCAGCCAUUACCCCUUUCUGUGUCAGCCCGGACAGCAGCAGCAACAUGCAAGUAGGAGAGGACUCAGCUGGUAGAGCAUGAGACCCUUGAUCUCAGGGUCGUGGGUUCCCCCACGCUGGGUAAAAGAUUCCUGCAUUGCAGGGGGUUGACUCUCGGGGUCCCUCCAAAUUUACAGUCCUAAGCCUAAGCAAAGAAACUGAUGGUGGUAGAUAAUAAUAAUAAUAAUAAUAAUAGUAAUAGUAAUAAUGACCUGCCUUGAAAGAUUGUAAAAUGAGAGGAUGUGAAAUCCUUCAAACAUUCAAAGUACUGUAUAAAUAUUAAGACAUUAAUCUUCUGCAAAAGUUUUUCUAAUGCCUGACUUGGUCUUGGGUAUGUCAGAGGAUAGGCAUGGCCAGCAAAAGAUUUAGUGUUAACCUUUGUAUGUAUUGAUAUUAUCUGCUGUGAUGUCGCUUGAAUGACAGUGAAUAAUGAGAGUUGCGGUUAUUCAUUAGCUUGUUAAACAGGCCAUAGCUGAAUGAAAUCAAUACCCAGGGGUCUCCAUAAGAUUUUAACAAUUGGAAUGGGUAUCAGUUUAACUCAUUGCUAACAUAAACUCUUACUGUAAAAUCUCGUUUAUGUACCUAACGCAUUUGCUUCCAAGACAAUUGGAACAUAGGAAGCUACCUUAUGGGACCAUUGCUCCACCUCUGCUGACAGACAGCAACUCUCCAGGGUUUCAGACAAGGUUUUCUCUCAGCCCUGCCUGGAGAUGCUGGGUGUUGAAGAUGGUUGUGGGCUUACUGUACAAGCUUAAACUGUGUGGUAAUUAUUUCUAGUGCGAGCAAAAAUUACAUUCCUGGCAACCUCUGUGCUGCUCCUGUGAGAGACUUCUGGGCAGAGGUGUCACCCACAAUUUCCUCCCAACAGCGUGCUAGACCUGUCUCCAACCUGUUCAGUGGAAAGCUUUUUGCUUUCUCUUUGUCCUCUCUUUCUCUCUUCAUAGAGAGACAAGGAGUAGGGUUGAUGCUCUUCUGUGUUCCACUAGCUGAGAGAUAAAACGGGGAGGGAGGCACCAACCAAAGGAACAAAAGAAAUGAGACACAUCCAAGUUGCACAGGAAACAAUGCAGUUUAUUGAAGUCCCAUACAUUUUUUUAUGCCACCGGGCAGGGGUGGGGGUGCAAUUACACACACGCAUGCACACACACACAACAACAACAACCUGGAGCUGCUUCCUUAAAAUAACUGCUUGGAAACCAUUGCACACUUCUCUGAAAUAACUUGUAAGGCAUCCUAGAGGGAGUUUUUAUGCCUCUGGGCUUAAAAGCUGAAGUGCAUUCCAACCAUGGCAAACUGCUCCAUUGGGCUGAGGGAAACAAAAGCAAUAGGGAGUUGCUCUUGCAUGAGUGCACACUUGUCUCCUGGCAGAGACAUACUUUUUGUCACUAUGUGGGAGUGCUGCUGCUAGUAUCCCAGUGGCGUUGGUAUCUCCCAUUUGAAACAACUUCACAUGAUCAAGCUCCAUGCCUGCAGAAGUAACAAGCUUUAGCAUCAAACCUUAUUGCUAAACGAAGUUGACCUGCACAAAAUGGUGCUCUGUGGGAUUUAACUUAGACAUAUACACAAUCAUUCCCUGAAAGAGUAAUGCAUUUCCAACGACAUGACUGUAUUAUCUCAGCCCAUUGCAAUCUGUGAGACAUGUUUUGGGGGAGUUGUGUGAACAGAUACUUCCAUAUACAGAAAAUAUAGUGUCAGCAAGGAAAGAUCCUGUCGUAGAUUAGGCAGUAUGUCUGUGCUUGCAUGUUGUAUUUCCCAAAUUCAUCCUUGUGAUCCAAAGUCCUGUCUCAACAGCAGCAUAAAAAUGUCUAUGGAGUUGUAGAGUCUUAAAGAGAAAGGGCAAUGGAGCAAAGGGUGAGAAGGUGGUGUUCUAAUGAUGUUUGCUUGUUUUCUUAUUAAAAGAGCAGUGCAGGUGCUUAGUACCUCAGUAGGUAAAGGUAAAGGGACCCCUGACCAUUAGGUCCAGUCGCAGACAACUCUGGGGUUGUGGCGCUCAUCUCACUUUAUUGGCCAAGGGAGCCGGCGUACAGCUUCCGGGUCAUGUGGCCAGCAUGACUAAGCCGCUUCUGGAGAACCAGAGCAGCGCACAGAAACGCAGUUUACCUUCCUGCCGGAGCGGUACCUAUUUAUCUACUUGCACUUGACAUGCUUUUGAACUGCUAGGUUGGCAGGAGCAGGGAGCAGAGGCUUUGACAAGUUCUUCUGCCCCAUCCUCAAUCCUAGGUAGAGCUGCUCUAGUCAGUUUGGUGUAUCAGACUGGCUAGAAAUGAUCAAAAAUGUGUUGGAUCCUGGAGCGUUGUAGCAACAUUUUAACAUGUUGGAUCCUGGAGCAUUGUAGCAACAUUUUAAUGCCAUAUAUGGGUGGUUCACAUGCACCCCAAAUUUUAGCAAAGAACAUGUAACUCCCACGACUGAUUGACAUCAGUCAAUAAGUACCGUAUUUUUUGCUCUAUAACACGCACCCGACCAUAACAUGCACAUAGUUUUUAGAGGAGGAAAACAAGAAAAAAAAUAUUCUAAACGAAACAGUGGAUGUAUGAUUUUUGUGGUUCAUGCUGUGGCCACAGACAUGUGAUCUGAUGGUGAAUUUGGGGUGACCCAGUGCAAAAAUCCUGAGGAUCCAUGUGGAUCCGUGCUUUGUAACCACGUUUUAAGUGGGGAGGGAAGGAAAAGCACUCAAGGGACAAGGAGCACGCAUGGGGUGUGUGGAGAAGGAUGCUGCUAAUAAUGAAGAAGAAGAGGGGAGAAAGCUCCUCUCCUCUCCCACUUUGCUCCUUUAAAGCAAGCAGGCUCUGCUUUUCUCCUUCCUCCCCGCUCAUCCCCGGUUUAGCGAGCUGAAAAACUUUGCUGCUACUUAGCGAGCUGAGUGGGGAGGAGAGAGGGACAGAGAGCCUGCUUGCUUUAAAGGAGCCAACCGGACAGGAGCCUCUUACACUUGUGUAAGCGGCUCCUCUCCUCUCCCGCUUUGCUCCUUUAAAGAAGCAGGCUCUCUGUCCCUCUCUCCUCCCCACUCAGCGGCUCUUCUCCCGCUUUGCUGUUUCAAAGCAGGAGGAGGGAAGGAAGGGGAACCAUGGAUCCUCUGCUCACGACUGCAGCAGAUCCCCCCCGCCACCCGCAGGCAUUCGCUCCAUAACACGCACAGACAUUUCCCCUUACUUUCUAGGAGGAAAAAAGUGAGUGUUAUGGUGCAAAAAAUACGGUAAUCCUGCUGAGUAAGUGUGCUUUCAGGAUUCACAUGCAAAAGCCUGUUUUACAGCCCUGACCACAUUUGCAUGUGAACUUUGACUUACAUAUCGGAGCCGGUUUCUUGCUUGCCGGGGCAGUCCUGGUUUUGUCUGGGUGUGGACAAAUACAGUCUGCAGUGUAGUCAACCACGUAUGCAGCUGAUGCUGGCAACUGCCCACUCCCUUCUGUUGCUGGAUAGGGAAGUUCUAGCCAUUCAGCUCUGCAGCUGAUGGGUUUUCACAUUAAGCUUGGCUGUGCUAGUGUGCACCUGGCUGGGACAGGACUUCUCACAUGUGAAAUGGACUAAGGACUUGCAGAGCAGCAUUUGUGGCUGUUACUGUCAGGGAGGAAGCCAGCUCCCAACCCAGCUGUUCUGGCUUUGUGAAGUAUAUGUUUCACAGCCCAGUCCUAGGUGUGUCUACUCAGAAAUAAGUCCCACUGAGUUCAGGUUAUUGUACGUAGGAUUGCAGCCUUUGAUGUUUAAUCACUGCACUUGUGACUUCUCCCCACCCCACGAGCCCCUUGAGCCAGAUAACAAAGCUUGUGAAAUUUAUUUCAAAAAAGGGAAGUUAUCCAAUGCUUCCAUUUAUUUACGAAUGACUAGAUUGUGAAAUGUGAGUUUUUAAGCAGGGGCUUGUAUACAUCAGUUGUGAAACUUGUUAAGUUAUUAUGGAGACUUUUCAGUAGACUUUGUUGUUCAAUGAAUUCUGUGGAAUUCAAUCCCCCCUGCCCAACUCAUUUCCCGUACAUGCAGUACACAACUCAGGCUUCAUGCUUUCGGGGAGCAGCUUCCUCACUGAGUCGCCUCCUGAGAACUUGGGCAAAUUGUAAAUUUUGAGGAUGUUUGAUUGCUGUUUUUGUCUUGUUAUUCACUAUUAUAAUUUGUGCUGCUUUGUUCACCACUUCAUGCGGAUUUCUUCAUCUCUCCCCCCCCCCCCCACAGCAGGAUAUAAAUCUUUUUUUUAUUAUUUUUAAAAUGCAUCAAAGUUCACAGUCUAUUCAUGCAGAAUACUGGCCAGGCCUUUUGCCUUCCUGAGUGAACAGAGAAUGCAGCCAAUGCUCUCCUCUACAAUUUGUAGCAAAAACCAGUGGCCAUACUGUCUUUCAGAAAAGUUUAUCUUCUGAAGGGAGAUCCCUGUUCUGGACCCAGAUCCCUGAUCUGGACCCUCCGAGUUCCUGGAACACAGUUUGAAAACCACUCGCAACUGUAUGUGAAUUGGGUUAUAAACAUUGAUGUUGGGUGAGCAGGAAAUCACUAGUUCUGUUGAAUUGGAAUAUAAUUGUUGAGUAACAAAUGUAACUUUCUGUAUGGGAAAAAAGAAUAAAAUAUUAUAAAAAAGAAAAGCAAUAAAGUAGUAUUUUGUUUUUAGAGUAUCUUCUUGAAAUAUAAACACUUGAGAGAGACAGAUUCAUUGUAGCUAAGGUUCUUCUUUAAAAUAAAAAUCGAGCAUCCUGGUAUUUGUGUGUUUAUCAAUAUGUUCCAAGUUCUGUGCUUAGUGUACCACGUUAAGUGGGAUGAGGCCAGUAGCAGUAUAUAUACAAUGGGGCAGUUCAAGAAAACUGUGAUGGUGGAGAAAUUCUCCACUUUUUAAUGUUUUCUCCUGAUAAUCUGCUAAGGCCACUGCUGGAAUUGUGCACAGCCAAUGCUGCCAAUCAGAUCAGUGUCUCCCACCAGAAGAGAGCGAAAGAAAGAAAGAAAGAAAGAAAGAAAGAAAGAAAGAAAGACAAAUGUGUCAUUUUCAUUCCCUUUGAGUUUGUUUGUGAAGGUCCCUAGCGCAAUGCGAUGCUGGAAGGAAUCAAUUAAAUGAAGAAAGAGAGGACAUAGGUCUUCUUGAUACACAGGUCUUUCUAAAACUAAGACCGAUUUUAAAGGGUAGUCAAUAAGUAGAGCUGAGAAGUAAGUAUCAGGUUUCUUUGUUUAAUUCAUGAUGCAUUUUAAUAGUUCACUUCUUUUUGUCUUGCAAUGGCACCUGGUUUACUCCCUGAAAAUUCUUGAGUACUGACACAUCCUUGGCUUGGACCGGGGCAAACAUUUUGGCUCCCUCUUCCCCCAACCCCAAAGCAUCUUGUUUCUCUAACAAACCUUAGUAAAUAUUUAGCCACCCAGGAUUGUCAAACCAGAAAAACUUGUGUGAGCUGUCCCAGACAAAGCCCUUCAUAACCUUAAAAGUCCAUAUUGGGCAAUGUAAACAGACACCUAUGGGGAGGAGGGAUUCCCGACAUGCAUUCCCUUUGCAUCCACCUUCCGAUAUCCCUGAAGCCUCCUCUGUUUGGAGCAACAGGCUUUGGGACGGAUUGAGCCUCAUGGUGUUCCCCAACUAAAUAAUCACUGAUGUAUUUUGAAUAGGAAUCACAACCCCAGUUAUAUUAUCCUGGUUUUAUAUGUUCAAGUAUGUGUGUCUAGAACAGCCUUCUUUAAACUGGUGUCUGCUAGCCAUUUUAGAGUAGACUACAGCUUGCACUUUUACAAAUGCCGCUCAUUUUUCCAUUCUGCUUUUGUGAGAAGUUGUGCCUCUAUCUAGUGUGGCAGCGCCUAUGCUAUGGAACUCCUUGCCUGUUGACAGGACCCUUUGCUAUGCUGUGUUAGAUGCCUGCUAAAAAUUUUCCUGUUUCUGCAAGCCUGUCCAGUCACGUUAUUUAAAAUCAUAGAACUGUAGAGUUAGAAGAGACCACGAGGGUCGUCUAGUCCAGCCUCCUGCAAUGCAGGAAUCUUUUGCCCAAUGUGGGGCUUGAAUCUAUGACCCUGAGAUUAAGAGUCUACCGACUGUUUUACCCCACCUUAGUUACAUUGGUUUUAAAAGUUUCUUAUUUUAUCAUCUUACGUUUUUUGAAAUUGGAUUUGUGCGGUUUUAACCAUGCUUUGUAUAUAGUUGUGCACCACUUGAAUGUAUAUAUUUUUAGCAAGUGGUGGAUAAAAAUCAAUGGUUUUUAAUGGUUUUAAUGGUUUUAAUAAAUAAAUAAAAUCGGAUUUUUUUUUAUUUAAAUCGGAUUUUUUUAAUUUAAAUUGGAUUUUUAAAAUAAAAUGCUUUUGGAGGAAAAAUCUUUCUAAAGAUAGUUUUCUGUUUAAGUUACAUUAUAGUCCAAAGGCUAUUCAUCAGGAAAUAAGGAUUUGUUUUAAGUUUUUCAUGUGUGCUAAAUCUCAGUCUAACAAACAUGGAUACAUAUGCUAUAAUAUUAUUGUUUUAGUUAACUAAAUGGUUUAAAUAGUUAUUAAGGAAAUGAUUAUUUUUCUCCUUCCAAUAAAGUACAGCAGAAAAUUUGUCCAAAUAUAAAUACUUAACUUAUUAAACCUCACAAUAAUUUCAUAAUUAUCUGUCUAUGUAUUUCUAAUAGUAUAACCAAAUCAGUCAUUUUUUAUAUAACUGUAAAAACUACUCUGAAAAUUUAUUAUUCCAAAAAUGAAACCUUCAUCUGGUUGUAAAUAUUAAGAUUAUACCAGCAAGAAUGAGUCUUUCUGUAAAAAAAAUGAUUUAAAUCAAGUCUUACUGAUUAGUGAUUUAAAUUGUGAUUUAAAUCGUGAUUCAAAUCGAUUCGAUUUAAAUCAAAUCCAUCCUGGUCUACAGUGUUAAUAAAUAAAUACAGCUCAUACUACCCAUCAGCCUCAGCCAGCAUGACCAAUGGGCACUAGAUUUGGGAAGGCUGUUCAAAGAAUACUGUAUACUCUUCACACAGAUACCGUACUAUAGAACUGCGAAAGGAGUUCUGCAGCAGAUCACUCUGGAACCAAGGAGGCAAUUUUCAGAAAUUCUUGUGCCUAUUUACUCAGAAUAUUUUUACUCCGAAGUAUGCUGAAGGCUGCAGUUCUGUACACUUACCUGGGAGUACGCCACAUUGAACUCGUUCAAACUUACUUUUGAUUAGAUGUGUAUAGGAUUGUGCUUUUAUGUUGGCUCCUAAGGAAACUCUUCCCAGAUCUAUGAGACUGGUGGACUUUUAACUUAGUUGCUGUAUUUGUAAAGGGAUGAGUGAAGAGGGGGAGGAGAAGCUUGAUAAAUAAAGCUACCCUCCCCCAGAAAUCAUUCUCUUACUUCUGAAUGCAAUUGCUUUUUCGGAUGUUCUGUGCAGAAAUAUCAGGGGACUGUGCAGGCAGUAUGACAAUUCACCGUCAUCCUGUUUCAGAAUACAAAAGGGAACAUCUGUCAGUAAUGAAGCCCAAGGCUACAUGUAGGUGGAGGAAAGAGGCUCCCAGCUUAGGUCAUUCACUGUUAAUGUCAGGAUCAUUUCCUCCUAAACCAUUUUCUUCUAGGCAAAAAAACAUCCCAUGGGUCAGAAUGUAAGCACUGUAUAGCGCUCAUGCAAAAUCAUGCCUUUGUGUAAACCAGACAGAGGUAAUCCCACUUUCUUGUGUUUUCUGAUUUCUGUGUCACGCUAGUGCAGAGGCCCAAGAACGUAAUUCCUUCAUGAGCAACCUCCUAGGGUCACAUGCUGGUGGUAGGUGGUUCCACAUGAAAAAAGCGGGUGGACCAACAGAAGUGGUCGUGAGGAAAGGGGUGUGACCUGCACAGAGUCUCGAAGGCUGGAUAGAGUGGUCUGGGGGGUUGCAUUAGGCCGCUGGUUCUUAGGUUCCUUAUCCCUGUUCUAAUGGAAUGGAAUGGAAUGUCUGUGUGGGGAGGAAGAAGGCAAGAUCCCCUACUUUUCUUUACAAGGAGCACAGUGUUUUGUGGAGUCUGUGUGAGGACAUUCUGUCUACCAGAGUGAGAACAGUCACUUGGUGCAGAUGAACAUUUUACCACACCUUCUGCUGCUCACCUGUGUUUGACCCUUCAACAAGAUGAGGUGAACCUUCCUUUCCCUUUAUCCUGAUGAUACAGAAGAUCAUGUUAUCCUGCGGUGAGAGAGCUCACCCAAAAGAUAGUUGAGUGGCCUGGUUUGGAUUUGGAUUUGAUAUCCCGCCUUUCACUCCCCUUCAGGAGUCUCAAAGCGGCUAACAAUCUCCUUUCCCUUCCUCCCCCACAACAAACACUCUGUGAGGUGAGUGGGGCUGAGAGACUUCAAAGAAGUGUGACUGGCCCAAGGUCACCCAGCAGCUGCAUGUGGAGGAGUGGAGACGCGAACCCAGUUCCCCAGAUUACGUGACUACCGCUCUUAACCACUACACCACACUGGAUCUCAUACACCACACUGGCUGUAUUCCUGGUUCUGCUCCACUGUAAGGCAGAACAGGAGCAUUUAAAUAAGUUUGGUACACAAUGGGUUUCCAUGGUAAACAGGAAGUGUGAGUCACACAGAAAUUUGGUAAUUUCUGAAUUGGGGGCCCAUGUACCGCCCCCCGUUCAGUCUGACCUGUUUCUGAGAGUUUAUUGAGAAUCUGCUUUAAAUUUUAAAAUGGAAAAAAGGAGGACUUACAUUUUGAAAGGGUGUAGUGAUUUGAAGUAGGUAUGUGCCUAUUGAUGACAGCUUUGAUGGUUUCUUAAUCACCCCCUUUCCUUUCUUUGUCCUCCCCAGGAGAUGGAUGUGGGCCUAUGAUAAUCUAUCAAGACAGUGGAACACUGGCGUCUAAGAACUAUCCGGGGACCUACCCCAACUACACUACCUGUGAGAGGAGAAUUCAGGUGCCUCAGGGGAAACGCCUGAUCUUGAAAAUUGGAGACUUGGAUAUUGAAUCCCAGCAAUGUGAAUCUAACUAUCUUAGCAUCCACAGUUCUACAACAGUGCAUGGUAUGUAACGAUGUACCAGUAAGACUGGAUUCAUUAAAAUACUUAGAGCUCUAAUUAACUCUUUGUUGAGCAAAGUAAGAAAGGCUACCCUGAAACCAGUGCUAUUUAAGAUUUGUUCUUGAGCAUUGGGUGCUCAAGGCUGGAAGGGCACUUUCCCCGCUCAGCUAAUGUGAUUUGGUAUGGUCAUGCACAGGUGUUUAACCUGUAGACAUCCAGAUGAUGUGGGAUUCCAGGUCUAACCAUUUGCCAUGCUGGAAUGGGCUGUUGGAAUUUGGAAGGCUACAGGUUAACUAGUCCUGUUUUAAGGUAAUGUUGUUCAAGGUAAUGUUUAAGGUACAGUUGUUGUUAUAUUGUUAGAAACUAAUUUACGGAUUGCCUUUCACUUAAGUUGCAAUGUGUUUUAUAGUACUAUAAUAAAAACAACCAAAAAUAGAUUUAAUAAGAUUUAUUCUUUAUGGCAUUACUUUGCCAUAUUCCUGUGUUUUGUACUUAAUUAUUUAGAAGCUGGUUACUUUUUCCAUUAUGUCUGUAUUCUGUAGAGCAGGAGUGGGUGGAAAGGUAGAUGAAGAUCUACUGUUUGAUCUCUGAGUGAUUCAUAGUAGAUCAACAUGUGUUUCUACUCCAAAUUGUUUAACAAUAACAACGACAAAAUGACUCUUCCCUCCACCCUAAGUUAUACGGGUGAAACGAAGAAGGCCAGAGGAGGGGAGCAUAUUUUUGUGUAGAACAACUGAGUUCAACCCUAGUACUCAUAGUUCUCUAGUUCUUUGACUGGUGGAUCUUGGAAUUCUUUUAAAAUGCAAGAGUAGAUCCUGCAGGCAUGAUGUCUGCCCUCCCCUGCUGUAAAGCACCAAACAACAUUUCCUGUUCCAUCCCACUUGUUGUUUUCUCUCGAGAGUCUACACACCCACACACACUUUUUUUUAAGGCCUUGAGACUUUUUGCUGACCUGUCUCUCUCUCAUGCAUGCAUCUAGACUUUUAGCAUAGGUUCUCAUCGUCAUUUGGACAGGUAUGCUGCUUUGAAAGCGCCAGACCAGUCAGCCAUAGAUUGAGUCAGCAGUCUUAAUUACAUCUGAGCAAUAGACAGGUCAUUGAGAAACGUAAGCAAGAGACAGCAGAAAUAUAUUUGUGGGGAAAUAUGCGGAGGCAAAUCUUGUGGGAAAAUGUGGGAGUGGGUGGGAAGGUUAGGUGCAAUGAUCUCCAAAUUAUAAAACAGUAUUCCCCCCCCCCCAGCUCGUGUGGCACAUGGCAUGACAUAUUUAAGAAUUAACAGAAGUGAUCUAUCCUUGCUUGACUAACAAAUAAUUUUUCCUCCCUGUAGUUAAAUUUGAAAUCAUUUGGUUAAGAAACCCUAUGUGGGGAGAUGGAUCUGAUGGUUGAGGGUCGGUAAGGGGUUUCUGCACACUCUCACUCAUACCUCUCUAUCUCCAUCCAAGCAAGAAAAAGAAAUUACCAGAAUUCAGCGUGGUGCUCACAUAUUUAAAUGAUGGCAAGAGUCAAUCUGUGUUGGCUUUGUCUGUUUCUCGGGGCCUCCAUUGCCAAACUACUCACCAGGUGGCAAGGAUGGUCUGGCUGUCAUGCAUCAGAGCUGGACUCAGCUGGACUUGUGCUGUUUUAUUUUCCCUGCCAUCUAUGACAAAUGGUAACUGAUGGAAUGUGUAUAGCGUAGUGCGGUCAAGAGCUAAGCAUCAUUCUUCAUUUAAUGUUUCCUCUCUUUUGUAAAAUUGUAAUAUAGCUUAAAUUAAAAAAUCAAUAUCAGCUUAAAUUAAAAUUUAAAUUAAAUUAAAUUAAAUUAAAAAUAUCAGCUUAAAUCAGAAAAUCAAUUAAUGAAAUAAUUUCAAAUGUAAUGCCUUUUUUGGCUGAUUGGUUUUAGAAGUUAACUGUAAAGGUGCUUUAUAGCUAAUAAUUCAUGUGAAAAAGUAAGACUGGUUCCAGGUUGACUUCUAAUAGAUUGUUUCCCUAAAUUUUGAUGGGUAGAUGGGAAUCUUAAGAAAACAAUAUGAUUUCUUUUUUAAAAAUUGAGAAUGAACAGUUAAGUAUUCAAAUAUAGAAUUCUUUUUAUAUGCCUUUAUUACAAUGUGCCAUCUCAAGAAAAACGUGUUUGUUUUCCCCCUGUGUUGUGAUUGCAUUAAAAACUUGUACCUGGUGAUGCUAUCUUGCUGAGUCUAUGCAAUAUUCAGUUGCCUUUGAUUGUUGUACUCUUUCUGUAAUGGAUUGCUGCACUUUAAGAAUGCUGUGCUUCAAAGGCUAGGGAGCCCCAGCCAUCUACAAAGCUAAAACAAUUUGAAAUGUUAAUGCCAGCUUUUAUCUCCUACUGAACACAGAAUUGCAAGAAUUUGGUGGUCUGAGAAACUUCAAAGAUCACAAACAAAAAUCAAUUAAUUAUGCACAUGGAUAGAUGAAUGCACCGUAGAUGAUGAAUACAUUUGUACGCUUUAUUGUUUCUAGGCCACAAACACGAUUUCAAAUACUAUUUGUUCUGCAUUUAGGACCCUACUGUGGGAAUGUGCCUGUCCCAGAAGAAAUCAUCUUAGAUUCUAAUGAAGCAACCAUUCACUUUGAGAGCAGGUCCCAUGUGUCUGGAAGAGGCUUCCUGUUGUCCUUUGCUAGUAGUGAUCAUCCAGGUAAAGUACAAUUCUGCACAUCAUUGUGGACUAAUGAUUUUGGGUUGGUGCUACGCUCCAUCCAGCCUCCGUCCCUCUCUCCCUGCCCCACUCUUCUGCCCUUUUCGGAGCAGAUUUGUCAGGGAUGAGUGCAAUGAUUCUCUCGCCCCAUCAUCUUACCUGGUUGCCUCUUUGCCUUGUCUGCUGUGGAAGUGGAAGGUAAUACCCUGCCUGGUAUUACCAGCAGAUGUUUUAGAAAAGCACCUGGCCUAGAUGAAUGUGCUUAAGUUUUCUAAGUAGUUCAAACUGGUUUUAUGGGUUUGGCCCCUUAGCCAACUGCUUGACCCGCUUAUUUUCCCUCUAGAAAUCAAGGUCUGGAUGCUAUUUCAAUAAUGUGCUAAUUCAUCUAAUAGAUGGCACUGAUGAAAUUUGGCUCUUUCAUGCACCUGAACAUCUAAGUGCAUUGGCCGCCAUAUAGAACUGGGAAUCCUAAUUUUGAUCCCAUUGGCUCAUUUCUCAUUGGUUAGGCCUUAUUAUCCUUGGGCUUCUUCAUCUUCUACAGGUAUUUGAGCACUAGCUGAUAUAAACCAAGACUUUUCUUCAGACAAAGUUUUGAUUCAGUUCCUUAAAGAGAACUCUUUUUUUUCAUGGUAGUUGAGACGCAUCGCUCAGGCUGAAAUCUUUUUGCUUCAGGCCUCUUGCCUUGGAACAAAAUCCUCACUGUACAAAAAUAUUCCAAAAAUGUCUGUUGGAAUUCUUUCUACCACCCUCACUUGGCCAUUGCUUCAGGAUGUAGUAGGAUGUGACUGAUCUCUCAAUGAAGUUCUUGCUCUGAGGGUAGAGUCUAGAACAAUUGCUCCUGUGCAGAAGAAAAUGUGUAUCCAGAUGAACAAAUUGGGCAGGUGGGGGGGGGGACACCAGGAGCAGAAGCUUGCUGGCAGAAGGAAACACUGAAUAGGUGCUGUGGCUGCUGAGGGAGGUUUGAGAAAACAGUUCAGCUGGAAUUGACUAUCCACAUCCAGUUCAGCUGGAAUUGACUAUCCACAUCUUCUCUGUGUGAUUCCCAAAUAGCCUUUUUUUUAACCUUUCGCAGAUCUAAUCACAUGUCUGGAGAGAGCAAACCACCACGUGGAGAAUGAAUUCAGGUAAAUAUAGGUUUUGGUGGCAAUACACUCUGGUUGCCAUGUUGCAUCUUGCAAUUAACAUACUUACAGCUGUAGCCGGAUACAGUCCAUGACCGUUUGUGCUGCGUUUGGAACCCUGUUGCCAACCACAGGAAUGUGUUUUUCUGAAGAUACUCGGAGGUAUCUAAAUCUGUGAUUAUCUUCUUACAUGGGAGAGGCAGUGAAGUCUUCCUUGGAGAGAGACUUUGCAUUCCAGAGUAAUUAAGGAAUGCAGCUUCAGACCACUGAACAGCCGUUAUCUGUAGCAUAACCAGUAAUGCCAAGGGAAAUUAGGGCAGUGCUUUGGGUACUGAAUACUCCUGUGUUGGGGGUGGUUGGGUUUUAAAGCUCUAAGCAUCUUGCAGGAUCAGGCUGGAGGAUUGAAAGCUGAUCCAUGUCAGUUUAAAUUGUUUCUCGGUUCUCUUGAAUAAAUACCCUUUGCAGUAAGUUUAAAGAGUAAUGGCAUGUAAGCCAGUUGCUCAAGGUGUGAACAGAUGUAGUUGUGCUGUGUUAUCUUUCCUUCAAUUACUAUUGUUCCCUGAACAUGUAAAAUGCUAGAAGGAACUAAGCAGAACAAAAUUCAUUUCCAUUGCUGCUUAUGUGGCUACCUGUGCCAUUUGGAGCACACGAAUAUGCUAGAAAUUAGAAGAAGAAAAACCUUUAUCUUUACACUGUUUGCUUUACAAAGUGCAUGUGUGCGAGCAUUGUACAUUACACCAGUCACAACAAGAUCCUGUCUUUUCUCCAUGGCAGCAGGUACUGUCCAGCUGGUUGCAGAGACAUAGCAGGUGAUAUUUCUGGGAAUAUAGUGGAAGGCUACAGAGACGUAAGUACAUGGGAUAAAGGAAAGGUCUAGCGCAGCCUUCCCAAACCUCCUGCCCUCCAGAUGUUUUGAACUGUAACUCCCAUCAACCCUGACUAUUGGUCUGUCUACCUGAGGCCGAUGAGAGUUCUUGUCCAAAACAUUUGGUGGGCACCAGGCUAGCAAACACGGUCUACAGAAAGCUAGAGAUAUGACAGCAUUGCUUUCUGAAGAAUUUUUUAUUGCAGAUAAGCACAACCUAAAAGUUUAAUGCUGGGCUCAAAGACCAGUAGAACAACCAGUUGUGCACAGUGAAGGUUAGUGCAUUUUGCUGAAGACAGGAACUGGGAGAAAUGGUAAAUUAUUCUUAGGUUACCUCAGUUCGUUGAAGAUGUUGGCUAGAAAAUCAUUUAUUCUACCACUGUGCGAUCAUAAUUACAAAGUAUGGAAUCGGAAAAGAAUUGUGCAUAAAAGUAUUAUGGUGGUCAGCUGUUCUGUUAGUGCUAACAGUGUUACAGAUUACAUGUGCAUAUGCAUUUCAUACGUGCACAUUUCAUGUGGGCUUGUAAACUCAGCCAUUUAUUUUUGUUCAGGUCACAGUAUAAUAGGUAUAGUUCUUCAGGUACAACUUCUUAUCGUUCAGUUUGCAAAAUGGGCGUAACUGAUCUGCUUUUUAAUAGCAAUAACCAAAUUUAGGAACAUUUUCCUCAGCCUUGCCCUGCAUAUAGUAUGAUAUCUUCAGCACGUUGUUUUAUUCGUCUGCACAUAUGAUAUGGAAAUGACACUCAGUUAAUUAUUCUCUGAGGAAGGAUGUGUGUGGGAGGAUUACUACACUGUAAAAUAUUAACCUUAGAAUAUAUUUGUCCAACAAGUAGAUUUCUCUUAAGUCUCUUCAGCAUGUUUUCACAUUUAAUUUAGGUAAUUCAGCAUACAGAAAAUUGCUACUUCCUUUUGCAUUUUUGACUUGAAUUUUUUUAGGGCACCGCGUUUAUUCGUUUUGUUUUAUUGUGCUGACCGUGAGUUUGUUUGAAUACUAAAAUCUUGCCUUACUUUUCACUUGAUUUCUGCACCUCAGACUUCCUUAUUGUGCAAAUCUGCCAUACACGCUGGAGUAAUUGCAGACGAACUGGGUGGUCAGAUUAGUGUGAUUAAACUGAAAGGAACAAGCCAGUAUCAAGGAAUCCUAGCCAAUGGCAUCCUUUCUCAGGAGUAAGUAUUGGUUGUGUUCAUGCAUAAUGUGUGUACUAGUCAGCCAUGAUAAACACAAGCCUUUUUCUUGCACACAGAGCCCCUUCACUCCUUCCUUUGUGUGAGUUGGAAACUCUUGUUAACCAUUGUUUUGUUCGAACUAUGUACUGAAAUGGCCACGUUUGGAGCAUCAUAUUUUCACUUAAUCAGCCAAGAUGUGAACAGGCAAUGUGCAUACAGCUGCUUUCAUCCUCCCUUCACAUGAGUAGGCAAACAGACCAGGAACUCUUCCAUUAUCCAUAAUUUCCCUUUGGAUCGAAUUAGAAAAACAAUGGGUGGUAUCCAGUUUAAGUGAUCCAUCAGCACAAUGAUACUUGCACGAUCCAUCCACUUACACGCUGAUACUUCAUUCCGCCUUCUCUCUUUGUGUACCCCAUAAAUCUGUUCUAGGGGCUACCCCAACCCUCCAGAGCAGAUUCGGGGAAGAUGUGGGCGAGGGGAGGGAGGAGAGGUGGGGGAGCUCAAUUGCACAAUUGAUUUCAUUUUAGGUACUGUUAAUAGUGACAGGCACUAUCUAUUCUCUUUGGGUGUUUUGAGUUAAUAAACUGAGAGCUGUUUAGAUUUAAAGUGCACUGAGUUAUGCAGGCUCAUGAUAAAAUUGCAACUGUAUCCUUGGUCCCCCCCCCCUUGAUAUUCAUAUGGCACCCAGAGUUCACAUAUUGUACUAAAAAGCUCCAAAAACAUGUAAGUUGCAUGUCCCCUUCCCACAGAAAAUUAUGGGACACAUUCAAGCCAGAGUUCAAUGUAUUGAAGCCUCGUUGAUUUCAAGUGGGGAGUUAAGCACAAGUCAACUGCUUCUUGUUAUACUGUACUUACAUCCUGCUCUGUUUUGAGAAACCCCAGAGCACCUUAGAUGGGGCUCCCUAAUGGUCUGGUCAUUGUUCGCCAGAGUUAGAUGAUCCACGACCAAUCCCUGAACUGUAUAGUACUUUAAAGUAUUUAUUUUGGUGCAUCAAGUUGUAGGAUCAAAAGGCAGGGUAAGAAUAAAGCAGAACUAUUUCAGCUUAAAAUUUCUUGUACAUGAGUAGCUAAUCAAAAUGAUAAUGUCAUCUCUUUUUCUUACAGUGGCUCUCUGUCAGAUAAGCGGAUUAUUUUUAACUCGAAUGGUAAGGCUAUUUUUUUUUCAUUUUAGACAUUAUUAAUGCAUAAUCCAGGAAAAGCCAAAGCACUCUCCAAUUAAAAUAAAUACAAUUUGGGGCCGAAUACAAUGAACUACUUUAUUUUGUUUGCUUGUUAAUGAAGAAUGUAUAUACCACUUACUUUACAGGAGAUCUCCGAGUAGUUUACAAAGAACCUAUCUAAAAUAUUCAUUUAAAGAUAAUAAUGAUAAAAGCAAAUAUUAAAAUCAAGUUAUUAUAACAUAGAUCAAAUUCUUUUGUUUACUGGAGUUAGGCUAGGGCUCAUGGGUGGGUAGAGAAAGAAAGCAUUUUCAGAAACUCUUAAUGAUAUUUGGGGGGAAAUUUAUCAAGUCUUCUAGGUUGAUGAUUAUAGUCAUAGUUAAUACCAUUAUCUGAAAAUACACUUUCCUCCCUUUUUUCACUUUGGAAGGUUGCAAUCAAUCACUGAACCUAGAAGGACGAAAUGCAUCCGAUGGUCAGAUCACGGCGUCAUCAUUCUGGGAUGAAACCAAUGACAUUGGGGAGGUGGUUCCGUGGUCUCCUGUUAGGGCCUGGCUCAAAGUCCAAGGGCCUUCCUGGGCAGCAAACCAGAGCAACUCUCGGCAGUGGCUAGAAAUUGACCUGGGAGAAAGGAGAAGAAUAACAGGUCAGUUGUCUGUCAUAGCAAGAGUACGUCUCUUAAGUUAGAUUUAAGUUUAGUGUCAUUCAGUUAUCGGUUGUGACCCUAUGCAGCUUGCUUACUGUUCUUGUAAGCUAGAUUUCCUCAGGUUUUAAGUGAGGUUUCAAAUGGUACUCCGAGCAAGGGCUAUUUACAAAUGUCUCGUAACACUGCAACAAUUACUUUCUGCCAAAAAACAACAACAACUAAGGGUUGUAUCCAAUGUUAAUCCUACUUGGAGUAGACCUGUUGAAAUUAAUGGACAUUGCUUACUUAGGACCAUGAAUUGCAAUGAGUCUACUCUGAGUAAAAUGUAGGUACUUAUAACAUUGAGUUGUUAAAACUAGCAAAGACCAAUUGAAAUACACCCCACCCCCCAAAAGGCCUUUAGGCCAAAUUUUACUGCCCACACAGCUGCAGUUCAGGAGCAAUAUGCCUUUCCAGUAACCAAAUGGGAAAUAUUUUAUGGUUCGAUAAAUUGCAGAAGGCCCAAUGGGGCUGAGGUCCUCUUCUUAUCAACAGCUAAUAAGCCUUUAUCAUUGAAAUGCAGAAAGGAAUUCCUCAUACUUGCAUCUUCUAUCGUCUUUUUGGAAUCUUGUCGUUGGUUAUAAUUGUGUUCUUCUAAAGCUUUUAGACAAACAAAACUAAAUAUAUAUGAAUUAUUCUGGGUUGUUAAUGAGGCUCCAUUCUUUUCAUAUAUCCCUCAAUUUGAUCUUAUCAGGAGCACCUUAGAUGUUUUCCCUUACGCCUGCCAUACUAUGCUGAAAGUCUAGGACUUGCUGUUCUUGUAAAUAAUAGCUUAAGGCUGGGGGCAGGGGAGUAGGGCACCAAUUGCUGCACCCAGAUAACAGGUUGCACAACACUGGCUGAGAAUUUAUUUGCAGGGCCCUGAUAAAGGACACUUAGUCCCAUCCUGAGAAUGGUUCUUUUGCCACUAUUCACACAAAGAGCCAUGCUUACACAAAUGCAACCACAUCUGCCCAUGCCCUGCCUUACACACUCUCACAUGUGCCCCACCACCUCCCAUUGUUCCACAUCUCACAUCUUCUGCCAAUACCCAACAACUAGGGACAACAUUCACUGUUACCAUGAUUGAUGAUGAGAGUGUAGUUCUAUUCUGGAUUUGAUCAAACUAUGCAUUGUGUUUUUAAUACAUAAGCUUCAGGCUGAAGCUGUGCAUGUGCUCUUUUCUUUUGUGCAUAGGGGGUGACGUGGAUUAGGAUUAGGUUUAAUCCUUUCCUCCCCAACUGUGAUGCUCCCCAAGACUCCCUCCUCCUUUCUCAAACACACCUCCUAAUAACACCAAUAGGGAUUUUAAAGUUUCUUUUUUAUUAUCAGUAGCUGCUGAAAGAGGUAUGAACCUUUUGGGGAGAGGGUGGCAUGACUCUUUGUGCACUGCAGUCCUGUUUUGGAUUGGGUUCCCUUUGCUUGCUUUUGAGUAAGAAAAACCACACACACAAUUGCAGGAUAAAUCUUAAAUGUAAUUAUAAUUGGUACCCCAAUUUCAGAUGAGCCACUGCACACUUGGAUAUGGGGACCCUUUCCACAUUACAGAAACACCUGUGUAAUUAGCUGGAGGCCUGGUUUUUUAUUAUUAUUAUUAUUAUUAUUAUUUGCUGAGAUCCCACUCAGCAGCUUACCUGAAUCUGAUUCACCCGUCACAUGGUAGCUAUUCAGUGGUCAAAGGGGGGUGGGAUGUGGCCUCACUUCCACUCCAGCAGACCUAUAACCAUCCCACUUCUUCUAUGGACAUAACUGAGGCUGACCUAACCACCCCGUUUCCGUUUUGUCCCAUUUUUGCAACUGUUUCUUGAGUCCAUGUUGCUGGCAUGCUUUUGCAGUUUUGCUGGACAAAUUGCCAAUGCCAAAGGAGGGGAGAGCAUGUCUGUUCAAAUAUUAAUUAGCUUUCAUUAUCGGUUUUGUAGAUUGUGGUGUGCUCACUAGAGACACUUGCCUGUAAAAACGAUUCUUGCGAUCCAGAGCCUGCGCAAGUGUGGUGUUCCAGAUGAGCUUCACAAGUGCAGGAGAGCCUUUCCCCUAUCACUAUUGACAGUGGGAGAGCCCUAGCAUGUACAUCUGAGGAUGCCUUUACAAAUAACAUAGUAGAAAGCGAAAGGUUUUCAGAUGGCGACAUUUCUUAAUUUUGCUGCAGAUAUAAAUGAGUGGUUGUUGUUUGAAGGAAAUGUAUGCUUCUUUUACUAUUAUUAACCAACAGACCAAAACAGAUCCCUUUUGUUUACUUUUUCUUUCAUUACAAGGAAUUAGAACCACAGGGUCCACAAUGCUCAAUUUUAACUAUUACGUUAAGACGUUUAUUGUCAACUAUAAAAAUAACAACUCAAAAUGGAGGACUUACAAAGGAAUCCUAAGCAAUCAAGAAAAGGUAACUGGGGAAGCGGGGAGAUACAGGGCAAGGGGGAAAUGGUGGUUGCCGGGCGGGGGGGUGUUCUCCUGCAGCCCAACUUCCAUCUUUCAUCCUUUGCAGACAGCUGGAGCUACUGGAUUGUUAUACUCAAAUCUUGUUUACUCCAAUGGGUUUUCAGCACCCUCAUUGCACACGUUGUGCUGUCUAGGUUUAGUUGUGACUUGGGUAAUUUGCCCUGUCCCUUACUUUCAGAAGGCUCCAGUCUAGUUUCGCCAUGGAGAAAUGAUUUCAUUUGAAAACAUUUGUAAGGAAGCUGGAGAUUCCUCUUCACUAGAGGAAGCUGGAUGAGCAGUUUGGCAGGAAAAAAUAUUAUUUGGGCUAUGAGAAGAAGCAGGACAGUGCACUAAAGUGCCCUCUUUGCCAUUUUCUUUCUUUAUAGGUACAGUAAAAUAUGCUUUUGCAUAUACAUACAUCCACCCACCCCACGGACAGAGCCUUCUUCCUUCUUCACAUUUCACUGUGGGGGAAGCAGAUCGGAUUGUUUUCAGGGAGACCUAUAUGUGAUGCAGCAGCUACUUGCCCCUCAAAUCUUAGACUGUUAUUUGCCCUCCUGUAGCUAACAAUCUGUAUUUUUAAAAUCUUCACUCACAACCUACGGUGUGGGGGCGGGGAAGAGCUGCUUGUAUUGUGAGCUGAUUUUGCAUAUACUUUAACAUUAUUUGAGAAGUAUUUUCUGUGAAACUACUGCUUGUGGUGGAGCAGCUUUUUUCAAUCUAUGUUUAUAACUUUUAAGUGUUAGAAAUCUUCCAUUUUAUUUCCCCUUCUCCCCUUGUCUUGAAAGCAGGACUUUUCUGGUUUCUAGCACAAGGUUGUAAUUGCACAAGGAUCUGAUAAGGUGUGGCAGGGAUAUAUGCAGAAUAUUAAGGCUGCAAUCCUGAGCACACCUGACAAUAAACUAAGGGCCAUUGAAAGCAGUGGGAAUUACUUCCAAGGUUUGCUCUGUGAUGGUGUGCAGCACAUCUGCCCCCACAAAGAAUCCCGGGAACUGUAGUUUAAGGGUGCUGGGAAUUGUAGCUCUGUCAAGGUUAAACUACAGUUCCCAUGAUUCUUUACAGGGGAGAUGCACUUUAAAUGUGGGAUGUGUUUUCAAGUGCACAUCUACAUUCCCAUGAAUCAGUCUAGAAGAGGCAUGGACUCCUGCUCAUUUGACCUACAAUAGGAAUUGGAGAAGCUCAGCCUUUAUCAGUAGGAGAUAAAGCAAACACUCUGCAAGCAAACUCUCUGAUAAAGUCUCAGAGUUUGCUUGCAGCUUAGUGAGAGAAACUUACUUUUUUGCCCCUAAAUGCAAAGGGCAAGUUAGAGAUCAAAUCUGGAGAAGUUAUUAUCUCCCAGCAUCAUAUACUCGUUUUGGAUUUUUUUUUAUUACUGAGUUAGCUGCAUUGCACAACAUGGGAAUCUGCUGCAAAGAUACUUCAAAAGCGCUGUAUUCCACAUAGUUGGAAAAAAGUAUGGGCUAUCAACAUAUGAUUGUAAUUAAUAUUAGGCCUUCUGUGAAACCUUAUACAAAGAAUUAUAAAAAGAGAGGGUUUUUUAAUGGUAUUAAUUUAAAAGAAGUAGUAUGUUUAUCUUGCUUUCCACUGGCAGUGCUGAUAAGUACUGUCCUGUCGGAAGAAAAUCUCAAGAACACUUUGAGAAAAAUAAAACAGCCAUCUCCCCAUCACUCCGGCUUCUUUGGCAAUUUCUCCUUCCCUUGCAGAUCCCCGUGUGUCUCCACCCCCACACAGUUCCAAAACUUCCUCCAACUCCCAGAAGUUGAUCUUAGGGGAAUGGAGAGACUGCAGGGGUGAGGAGGCAUUUGCCAAAGAUCAUCUUGAUCCCUGUUCUGCCGACAGAAGGCUCUGCUGGAUCAAAGUUUCUGUCCAUGGGGGAUUACCAGCUGGAUACCAUUCUUUGGUGGUGGUUACUUUUUAAAUCUAAAAUGAGAAAUGUGCUGCUCUUCCAAUCCUAGAACACUGAAGUUUCCAAUACUUAAUUCCCUUUACUAGCAAAGUGGAUGGGCCCAUGCCAACCAGCAGGGCUGUGAAGCAGGAUCACCCACAACAGACAGGUCAUGGAGUACCUGCACACAUGGAGGGGCAGUGUGCAGGGGAGAAGGGUAUUAUUUUGCACACGCCCAUUCCACUGUUCGUGAAGUGGGAGGAGGACUUGUUGCAGGAAAACAGUUUUAGAAACAGUAAAAGAGUGGCAUUGAUUAAUGCUGUGUUGAGGAGAGGAAACAGGCACCAGUAAUGGGGGGGGGGGAGAAUUGUGCUAGAAUUCUACAGGGCUAAAGCCUUCCCUUCAGUUGUUAGGCUGAGACUGGCUCUACCGGUUGAAUUAAAGUGGUAUAGUGCUGACUCUACAGCUUGCUGUGCAUCCGGCCUCAAACUCUGCCACAAUCUGAAGGAGGAGCAAGAGUUAACUACUCCUUGCUGGCCUUGGACUGUUUGGAGUUGAGCCUGGUUGCGCAACUAGCUGCUCAGCUGGUCACAAACCCUCUUUUUACUGCUGUACUGCUCCAGUUUAGGACUGCCUACAUAUUGGAGGAAGAGCUUUAAACUCUGGAGGGUUGAGGUCUUUCCUCGCCAUCCCCCAGUGAAUCAACACAGGCUGCUGUUGAUUUUUAUCCUCUGUGAUUUCAAGGGGAGAAGUUGUUAUUCAUUGGCUUUAAACCAAAUAAUGUGGUUCAUUUUCCUUUCAAACGGCAGGUAUUCAAAGCCAACUCUAAUCAUGGAGAUAUAGUCCGGAAUAAUUUCAUUCCCCCCAUAGUAGCCCGCUACGUGAGAAUUAUUCCACAGAGCUGGAACAAAAGAAUAGCACUGAAGGUGGAACUUAUUGGUUGUCGCAUAAACCAAGGUAAGCCGUUUUACCAUUCGGGGGGCGAGGAGAGGUUUGAUUGGCAGCAGGAUCUGAAUGCCCUUCAAAUGUUUUGAGGUUCACUUAGUUCCACCUUUUGCCUUGCAGUUAACAGCUCCCUUACGCAUCCGCUCUGGCAGAGACCAAGUCAAAGCACAGGUGUCUCGGUUAGAAAAGAAGACAGAACCAUCACAGAGCCCAUACCCUCAGAAGAAGGCAGCUUAGGUAAGAAACACCUUUCCUAACCUUAAUGGAGGGCGAAAGUCUUAGCACAACUCCUACCACAGACUGUGACAACUUUUCAGAAGUGAUAAUGUAAACCUAUUUCUAAACCACCUUUUUGAACCCCAAUUUUCAAAUGCCUGGGAACAAAAUGUGAUUCAUUGGGGGUGAGGUUGGCAGGGCACAUUCAUGUCUUUGCUACAUGGUUUUUACUUUAUGAGGGCCAAAUGACCAGAAACAGUGACUUGUGUUCUGGAUAUAUACAAGGCUUGAUUGUAUAACUUGAGAGGUAUCCAAUGCUUAAUACCGAUCUAAAGUGGGUGCAGGUCUGAGCACACGGAGUGGUAUUCAACACAGAAGAACACAUAAUCAAAUCAUAAGUUAAGCCUGGAUAUGGGCAAGCCUGCUGCACCCAGAUGCAACCACAUUCCUCUUGCUGCCCUCUUUCCCUUGUGCAAAUGGGGAAAGAAACCAAGAAGAACGCCUCAGUUAACCAUGGCUUCCUACUACAUGCUAGCUAGAAACUGUGGUUAAUGACUUUCAAAACUUGGCUUGUUUGGAAUCCAUUGUGCAUAAUUCCUGGCUUGUACGUAACAAGAAGCCAUGGUUAACAGCAGCUCCCCCCCCCCCCCCCGAGAUCAUGUGAAGGGAGGAGUGAAAUGGGAGCAAAGGGUGCAAGGAGGUCAUGCAUAUCCUUGCUUGUUAAGCCAGGAUUCAAUAAUGUGAAUUAAGUCCCACUGUUUCCUGGGUUCUGCAUACUCCCCGCUAUAUACCAGUACUGUGCGAUAUGUAGUCCAGCCCUCAAGUUAGUUUUUCAGCUGGGUUUUCAGUAUAUUGUAACUUUUCAUCUUCAUUUCUUUUUAAGGACUGAAUCUUACUACCAUAAUCGUUCCAGUAGUAGUGGGGCUUUUGCUGUUCCUGAUAUCUGGAAUUGGUAUCUAUGCUGUUGUACGAAAGUAUGUAACUCUCACUUCAGAGUUGAAAAGCAUAAAAAUUCUUGUGGUGGUUUUUGGACACAUAACAGCCUUUUCCUUAGCUGGCAGAUCUACCACCUAACAGGAAUACACCUGAUGAUUGCCUUCAGAGGUUUUACAGCAGAAGAGGAAAAAUGCUAUGACCAAAACCUAUAACUGUAUUUGCAUUAUGAAUAUGAAGUCUCGAGCUUAAUCACCAGCAUUUCAAAUUCUGUCGCCUGGGCUUCCUCAAGUCCCCUCACCAGCUCCUCAUUGUGCUCUUGCUCGUCCAAUGAGUUCCUUCUCCCAGCUGAUGUCCCCAUGAAUUGCAGGGAAUGGGAAAGGGUGGCUCUCUUCACAGAAGAAGUCUUCCAGCCUUUUAUAGACAAGUGAGCUAAAAUAGGAAGUUCCAUCAAAAACAGCAGAAAGAUUUCCACAAUGAUUCAUUCCUCACCUGAGGGCUUUUCUGAUCGGGAAAGAGAUGACCUAUGCAAAAGGCUCAUGGGCAGUGCACUUUCUUCCUCUCUCUUUCUCUCUGUCACUCUUUUGAGUAACCAGUUGCAAAGUCCAUUCCCACCAUUUUAUAAAUAUAAAACAAGGAAGAACUACACGACUGCCUUGGAAUCUGGCGAGAGCCAGUGUGGUGUAGUGGUUAAGAGCGGUAGUCUCGUAAUCUGGGGAACCGGGUUCGCGUCUCCGCUCCUCCACAUGCAGCUGCUGGGUGACCUUGGGCCAGUCACACUUCUUUGAAGUCUCUCAGCCCCACUCACCUCACAGAGUGUUUGUUGUGGGGGAGGAAGGGAAAGGAGAAUGUUAGCUGCUUUGAGACCCCUUAAAAGUGAAAGGCAGGACUGACUGAAGCCAAGUGCUAUUGUUGCUGUUCUUCAUUAUAGGAGAGGAAAGAAAGGAGGUGCUUAUGGCUCAUACGACACCGGAAAACCAGGUGGGUAGUAAAAAUUGUGGUUUUGUUCAUCAUCUGACAAUAAUGAGAAAGGGAAAUGUUUAUGCAGUUGUAACAAUAUCUUUGUGUGCAGUUCCCCUUAAAGAUCUAACACACAAAUAGCACAAGAACUUUUAAUAUAUGUAAUGGAUGGGUGGAACUGGAGCAGUCAUUGACAGCAGCCAGCGACAGUUUCCUGUGCUUAGUACUUCCUGAUCCUUGGAAUCGCUGUGGCUUAAUCUGGAUGGCUUGGAUCACGCAUCCAUUAUCCAUGUCAAUCUCUACCAGGGGAUAAUUUAAUAGGAAAAGGGUUUUGUGGAGCCAUUUUCAUUAAAAGUUUUGGAUCAGUGUUUUUUGAUAUCACACUCUUGUUCCCUUCUCCCUUGCGGGCCUGCUUCCAUGAGAUGCUCAGCAAGUCCAAAUUUAGCUUUGCUUUGAAAUUCAACAGUGCACUGCUGUUGAGAUGGGUUGUUGGGGAGGGAGAUCCAAAAAUGAUCAGCAAAGCAGCUGAUUUAAAAUUAAGUGUGUUCAUGACUCCAAGAGAACAUCCAGAUGAUAAAUUGGUGGGAUCCGAGAGUCCCUUAUGUGACCAUACUAGAUGAGCUUCUGCUGAUUUUUUCACACACACAUGCAUGCACGGACACACACACACACACACACUGCAUCUCUCACCCCCAAUAUCUUCCUUCAUUCCAACUCUCAAGGGUGACUUGUGAGGAACACAAGCAACUGCAGAAUGGAAGGGAAGAUAGUUGUCAGGAUUUAGCCCUAUGUGGUCUGUAUAGAUAGACUGAUCUCUGCUAAUGCAAGCUUGUUUUAACCCUAAGUAUUACAUGUCACCCUUUCCAACACACACUCUGAAUCAAACUGACAGUUUUAAUUUUUUUGUGCAUGCAAUGUUUUAUAUUGGAUCACAUUUGAGAUUUUUAACAUUAUUAGGACUUGAACUUCUAGGUUUCUGGAAACAAAUCAAACAACCCUUUGUCAGACACCAGUCUACUGAAUUCACCAUCAGUUAUAAUAAUGAAAAGGAUACGCCACAAAAGCUAGAUCUCGUCACAAGAGAGAUGGCAGGUAACUUCACUGUCUUCUGAAAACAAUCCCUAUGUAGCACGUAAGAAACGUAAAGAACAGGCUUAGUUUGCCCAUCCGUAAGGAUUGGCAGAAUAGAACUUGUACCAUUUUUAAAUUUAUUUAUCAUAUUUCUAUUGUUGCCCUGCCAGUUAGAACUUGUACCAUUUUAAAAUUUAUUUAUCAUAUUUCUAUUAUUGCCCUGCCAGUGUGUUCACAUAAAACUGUUGGCAUUCUUCUACCGGAUACCUGUAGAGUAAUGGCUUUGGCAUUCCAACAUUCUUCCUCAUCAGGUGACCCAUGUGCGAUAUCAAAGACAUUAAGAAGAGAUUUCUCAGUCAGGCCCUCUAGCCCAGCAUCCCAUUCUCACAGUGGCCAAUCAGAUGCCUUUGCAAAGCCUGCAAGCUGGACAUGAGGACUUUGCCUGACUAUCUAUUAUUCCUAGCAAUGGUUAUUCAGAGGCAUACUGCCUCUAACAGUGGGGGCAGAACAUAGCUAUCAUGACUAGUAGCUUUUCGGAGUUUAACGGUAAUUUGUCGUACCAUCCUUUUAGAUAGGAUGGUGAAUAAAUUUGACAAUUGUGUGCAUGUUUUCUUGCUUAGUAACUCUAACAUUAUAGUGCACAUUUUUUUCUUUCUAUUGCACAUGGCUCAUGUAGCUUGUAUAAUCAAUAGCUAUUGCUCUACUAAAGAUCUAAUGUAGGAAUCUGUUUUUGACCUUUGAUAGACUGAAGGCUGUGUUUGUCAGUAGAGCGAGAAGGAUGGUUUGAUCUUGUGGUGAGAAGGCAGGGGGAAAACAAAUGGUCUCUAAUAAAAUUUGUGCACGGAGGCAGGAGUACGCCAAGGAAAAUCUUACGAUCCUUAUGAAUAUUUAUUGCUCGUCGCCAUAGGCAGUUGCAAACAAUGAAUUAAAAAUGCCCGUUGACACAAACAUAAAACAUGAUCCAGUAUGCUUCCUAUUUGUUUCUUGUCUUGAAGUUAAAAUACAUCUUUGAAGCAUCCUGGAAAUGUGCUUAAUUUUAGCUUAUUCAAGUUAAUUAAUUGCCUUGACAGUCCACCGACAUUUGAUUCAAAGUACUUGCUUGAAUUUUCUUUGCUGCAGUUGAGAAAUAAUGUAACUUGGUCAGAUGACUCAGGGAUAACAGAAAAAAUAGCUAUCUCCUGUAGGCACAAUAACAAUUACUUUCUGGGAGAAGGCAAAUAAUAUAGCAGAUUGCUCAGCACAAAUUAAGGUGGCAUCCAGUAUUUGGUGUGAUCUGAGAUUCUGAUGUGAUUCUUUCUGUUUCCCAUCUAGAUUAUCAACAGCCUCUCAUGAUAGGAACUGGGACAGUAACCCGAAAGGGAUCCACUUUCAGACCCAUGGACACAGAGAAUGAGAAAAAAGGUAGCGCCGAGACCGGGAACCAUUACCACUGCCCACAGAGAGCAAAUCGGCACGAUUAUGCACUGCCUUUGACCAACCAUGAGCCUGAAUACGCCACUCCUAUUAUAGAGCGACACGUAGGAAGAGAAAACACUUUUCCUUCAGAGAGCUGCUAUAACAUUCCUACUGCUUCUGCCGCGCAUAAAUGUUCCCUUUCCACAGGCACUUUCACUGCCUUGUGCCAGACUGAAACAGGGAGUGAAGAUUAUCAAACACCGCAAAGUCAGAAGGAGUAUGACAAGCCAAAAAUGAAAGCCUUGCCCACACUUGACUACAAUACUGGCUAUCAGAAGCCCCAAACCAGUUUAUUGACAGAUGAGGGCUAUUCAACACCCAGAUACUGCCUAAAACCAGUAAAUCAGACUGCAAUGACAGCUCUUCUGUAACCUUAAGGACCAGCGGAAACGCACUGCCAAAAUGUUUAAAGCACUGGAUUAGAUUUAGAGCAAAACAAAAUUUGCUCUUGGCUGAGGAGUGAAAGCUGUUCGUUGCUGCCUUUGCGGUAGAGUCUUCAGGCAGUUGAUUCUCUGCAGCUGCGAUAUUAGUGCUCCACUCUAACAUUGUGCAAUGUGUACAUACAUUUUUAAUUUAAUAAAAAUAACUUAAACUUUA